CAUAUAUAUAUGCAUCUCGUGUGAUGUUGCAACUUGCAACAACUGGAAUAUCACAGAUUUUUACUAAUAUCUAACUCAUUCUCUUCAACUUGUAUAUAUAUAUAGACAUACAUACAUGUAUAUGUGUGUAUAAUCACAUAAAUUAAGUUAAUCAUUAAUUCAUUCGAUCUAUAUAUAUAGCUAAUAAGAAUUGCAAAUUAACAUGGAUAGUACUGAAAGAUUCAAUAAGCAAGAGGAGGAGGAGGAAGAAGAAGAAGAAGAUCGUGAUCAUAAUAAUAAUAAUAAUAAUAGUAAUCAAGAAAGUCAAAGUAGCAGUAACCAGUGGUCUGCUAACUGCAGCCUUGAUGAUCAUCUUCAACAACAUCAUAAUCAGAUGAUGAUGACUGGAACAACGUCGACGAUAGAUAAUAGUUAUAUGCCGUAUGCCGGUUUUAAUAUCCCUCAGUAUUCGAGCAGCAGCAUACCGCCACCUUCUUCAUUGAUGAUAAUACCUGAUCAAUUUCAAAAUCAACAUAUGAUAAUUGCACCACCACCACCACCACCAGCUGAUGAUCAUCAUAGUCAACAAGAAUCGACGACAGUAGUAGUAAAAAGACAUUACAGAGGAGUAAGGCAGAGACCAUGGGGAAAAUGGGCAGCGGAGAUCCGAGAUCCCAACAAAGGCGCCCGCGUUUGGUUAGGCACCUUUGAAACAGCAGAGGGUGCGGCUCUUGCUUACGAUCAGGCUGCCCUUCGAUUCAAAGGAUCCAAAGCCAAACUCAAUUUUCCGGAACGUUGUGUGCAAGGCCAAUCCCAGCUACGUUACAUCACCACAACCACUUCUUCGCGACGCCCACCUGCAGCUGCCACUAAUAAUCCUAGAAUAAUGUUACAGCAGCAAGCCAUCAAUUACCCUGACCUUCUCCAGUAUGCCCAACUCCUUUCCAACAACGAUAAUAAUAAUAAUAAUAAUAAUAAUAAUAAUAAUAAUAAUGAAGCCCAAUUAGCCAACUAUUUCACCAGCUCGCCGGGUAGUACUACUUUCAAUCCAAAUGAUAACAACAGUAGUUAUGCUGAUUACGGUUCGCAACAAUCUUCUUCAUCAUCGAUGAUUUCCGGAACAUCGUCUUAUCAGCAAAACUACUUGAGUGAUAAUAUUCCUAGUACCUUUUCAUCAGAGUCGGGGUGGGAUCAGCAAUUACAUUGGAAGCAGGAUUACACUACGUAUGAUCAUCCCAACAGGAGAAAUUGA